AGUCGCAGGCAUGUGGCAGCCGCCACAGCAACAACAGAUCGUUCAAUCGGCAUUUAUUCCUCGUCGGAUGUAUGUCAGCAUGUUUUCGUUAGUCGUCGACGGAUUGAAUGGUCGUCGGUGCAAUGCCCGUCGAUCUAAAUCGUCUCGCCGAUGGCUGGCUCGAGCUAGAAAGCGAUCCAGGUCUUUUCACGCUUCUGCUUGAGGAUUUCGGCGUGAAAGGCGUGCAAGUUGACGAGAUAUACGAUCUGCAGAAAUCCAUCGAGGGGCCCGUGUACGGCUUUAUAUUCCUCUUCAAAUGGAUCGAGGAAAGGAGAUCGCGGAGAAAAGUCGUCGUGCAGGAGGAGAAGUUUGUCGAGAAGGAGGAAAUCGUCAAUUCCAUUUUUUUCGCGCACCAGAUCGUUCCGAACUCGUGCGCAACGCACUCGCUUCUGAGCAUCCUGCUCAACUGUUCCAAGAUCUACCUGGGUUCCACUCUGACGAGGUUGAAAGAGUACACGCGGAAUAUGGACCCCGAGAAUAAGGGCUAUGCGAUUGGCAACACUCCCGAGCUGGCAAGGGCGCACAACACGCACGCCAAGCCUGAGCCCCGGCAGCCUCAGGAAAAGCCCCACGGUGUCCCUAUGGGUCGCACCAUGGAAGCAUUCCACUUUGUCAGCUAUGUGCCCAUCGACGGCCGCCUGUAUGAACUCGAUGGCCUGAAACCGUACCCCAUCGACCACGGGCCGUGGCUUCCUGGUGAAGACUGGACUGACAAGUUUCGCAUGGUAAUUACCGAGAGGCUUGGCGGUGGGGACAUCCGUUUCAACCUCAUGGCUGUGGUUCCUGACCGGAGACAGGCCUACGAACAAAAGCUGCGAACGCUGAGGACAAACCGUGGCAUCGUUCUAGAAGCACUUCAGCAAAUGGUUCGUGAUCAGCCCGCGCUCGACGGCCACAAUUAUGCCAAAAGCCCCCUCAUGGAGGCGCACUCCCCUGCGCCCAGUUCAGGUUCCUCAAGCACGGACACCGCGUCCGAGGUGGGCAGCGCGUUCAACUCUCCCGUACGAGGUUCGCCGCCGGGUGCGUCGCCACCUCCACAGGCGCUUGCGUCUCCGCAACAAGCAUCGCAACAUCAGCAGCAACAAUCAACAGCACAGCAGGCACAACACUCAGUGGCACCGCAGUCUUCAGGCACAACAACUAGUGGAGAUAUAGACAGGCUCGUUGUGGUGAGGCUGGGAGAGGAGCAUCCGUUUGCGCCACACGACUUGCUGGCCCUGCUGAAGACAGUCGAAGCCGAGAUCAACGUCUGUGAGGGCGCGCUCAAGGAUGAAGUUGACAAGAGGCGUAAAUAUGUGGUGGACGACUGCCGACGGACGCACAACUACGACCAAUUCAUCUGCACGUUUUUGUCGAUGUUGGCGGAGCAAGGGAAGCUGGCCGACCUGGUGGAGCAGCAACUUCAGCCCAAGCGACGCCUCCUCGCCAAACAGCCCGACCGAAAACGACGUCCCGCCGCCAAGGCCAAGCGACGACGCUGACCUUUCGUUGCACGCAUUUGUUCCCGCUCCUGAAAGACCCUCGCCGUCUCUUUGUGCAGCUACGAUUGCAUUUCUUGCGUGUCCGCCGCGACCGAAAAAAGCGCCAAUGCGACGCCGUGCGUGCAUUUCCAUUUACAAAUGCUAGCCUAUAUCUUCUGUUGAAUCCCGUAUCUCACUGUUCACCGUAUGCGGUCAUACUGAUGGGGAGACGCAAUGACAACUUCAGCAUUUCUGCGUUUCCUGCUGCCAGCCAUCGAGCGUUUCGUCACGGCGUCCGAGUUCAUGGUGACGCAGCUGUUUUAUAGCCAAUUUUUCAUCCAACUUACACGAGAUAUAUAAAGGGCGUUAGAUGAUGCUACUGGUAUGCCAGUUAUUUACUAGAAACAAGUGAUGAAAUCGCCGCCUCAUGGCAGAUGAUGUGGAAAGUUUUACGUCCAUGCAAAUAGGGCCGGAGCCUAAGUGAUGCUUUUGACAAAAACAGGACUCUCUAUUUUUUGUGACAGAACCCAUUUUUUUUUUUGCACUGUGUGGACCAGUAUGUUAAAAAAAUAAUGCUAGACUUGAGUUCCCACCAUUUACAAGCCCUUGCUUUAUAUAACAAAAUGGAAAAAAAGUGCUGCGUCACAUUUUCUCAAACUUAAUAACUAACGUGUCGGGCAAGUCACACGAGUUGUACUUCAGCAAUAAUUAUUGUACGAGCAAUGUAUCGAAUAUUAUUGUGUCGCCUGCGAAGUUGUUUAGAAGAGAAAGGCUCAAUUGCUAGCAUAUGCCGCAUGCCAUGAGAGUCGUUUGCUCCGAAGCAGUUUUCCAUGUGCGUACGUGCACACAGUGUGCACACGUAUGUCGAUAUGUCCAGUGAAUGCGGUUGUCUCGCAACUGUAUCUUUUUCGUUAUGUUCACAAGCUAUGUUAGAGUCGGAGCAGUCGAGUUCUAACGGUUGCUGUUGAUAACAGAUGUAGCAAAGCUGCACUCAAACCUCAUUAUAACUAAAUUGUACCUUAUAUGAAAAUAGGUUUGUUAUAUCUCAAAAUUCGUUAUAAAUGUAUAUUUUUAAAACUAUUUCUUGCAAGACUGUUCUUCAUUUACUUUGUUAUAAACAAGAUUUCGUAUAUCAGGGUUUGUUAUAUAGAGGCUGCAGUGUAGUUAUAAGCGUUUGUUAAAAAAUGUACCAGAUUUGUUCUUAUGUGGUGAAGCGAUGGAUCUCUAACAAUGUCCUCCCCUGCUUUCUCUUACGCAUAAAAGGCACCUCACUACAUUUUCACUUGAUGGUAAUUAGUUGAGCUUUAUCUGCGAGUCUUAUAACUGCCUUGAUUGGUUAGUGUGUAAAGCAGGUGCAUCAGGUGGUUUAAUAGCUUAACUCUGCAUGUUUUCUGGUUUAUCCUAAGUUUUGAAAGUUCACACCUUGAGCAUUUUUUUACAUCUGUUUUGCAUGUUCACUUUUGAUAGUGAUCCGCAUCUCAUUUCUUGAUUAUGAUUGGGUUCUUUAGAUUAAGGGAGCCAAUCGCCACUGAUAUAUUUCAUACUGAUCGGGCAUAACUGUAGUCGGCAGUGCACCGUGUGACAACGCUAUUAUAGUAGGUGUACAAGAAUGGGGCAGUAUGCUUGGUUCCGAAAAUGUGGCUCUUUUUGCGCUGACGGCCAACACUGCCUAAGCACAUCAUACUGCUGUGUCGUCACCUGUCGCCGCCCGCUGAAGUAAUUUAUGAGAAGCUGAGAUACAAGGCCUCUAAGAUUGGUAGCUUUAGUUGCCACGCUGGUCGUGUGCACGUGUACCUGGAAAACUCGUUGAUUGUUCUCUACUGUGUCUAAUGAAGCGUUUGCGAAUUUUUU